AUGCCGGCGCGCCAACUCCGCCGCUGCCACCACCUCACCGUCGCCGCGGUCACAAAAUCCCAUGCCACCCUGCUCAAGUCCGGCGUCACCUCCCCGACGCCCUGGAACCAGCUCCUCACCGCCUAUUCCGUCUCCCCGCUCGGCCUCGUCGCCGCGCGCCAGGUGUUCGACCAAAUCCCCCGCCCAGACGCCGCCUCCUGGAACUCCCUCCUCACCGCGCACGUCUCCGCCGGCGCGCAUCCCACCGCAUACCGCAUCCUCCGGGCCAUGCAUGCCCGAGGACUCGCCGCCAACACCUUCGCCCUCGGCUCCGCCCUCCGCUCCGCUGCCGCCGUGGGCUGCCCUGCUCUGGGCGCCCAGCUGCACUUGCUCGCCGUCAAAGCCGGCCUCGCCGACAACGUCUUCUCCGCGACCGCAUUGCUUCACAUGUAUGCAAAAUGUGGCAGCACGAGGGACGCUCGUCAGGUGUUCGAUGGAAUGCCGGAGCGGAACACUGUUUCUUGGAAUGCACUCAUUGCUGGUUAUGCGGAAUCCAGCAAGGUUGCUCCAGCAGUUCAGCUGUUUGUCGAGAUGGAGAGGGAGGGGUUACGUCCAGAUGAGGCAACAUUCGCUGCAUUGCUCACGAUGGUCGAUGACUCCAGUUGCUUCUUGAUACACCAGCUGCAUGGGAAGAUUGUUAAAUAUGGAUCAGCAUUGGGCUUGAUAGUGUUGAAUGCAGCAAUCACCGCCUACUCACGGUGUGGGGCCCUGGCAAAUUCUAGAAGGAUCUUUGAUGAAAUUGGGGACAGACGGGAUUUAAUCUCAUGGAACGCAAUGCUUGCAGCUUAUGCUACCCAUGGGAUGGAGCAUGAGGCGAUGGGAUUCUUUGCUAGCAUGAUGCAGGCGAGUGGAGUUGAGCCUGACAUGUAUAGUUUCACAAGUAUCAUAAGUGCGUGCGCAGAGCAUCGUGACCAUGGAGGGACAGUAAUUCAUGGUUUGGUGAUCAAGAACGGCUUCGAAGGAGUCACGCCUAUUUGCAAUGCUCUAAUUGCCAUGUACACUAGAUUUGGUGAGAACUGCAUGAUGGAAGAUGCAUAUAAGUGCUUUGAUUCCUUGCUGCUUAAAGACACCGUCUCCUGGAAUUCUAUGUUAACUGGGUAUUCACAGCACGGUUUGAGUGCUGAUGCGUUGAGAUUCUUCAGAUGUAUGCAGUCAGAAAAUAUUAGAACUGAUGAGUAUGCAUUCUCUGCUGCCCUGCGUUCAUGCUCAGACCUUGCUUUACUUCGGCUAGGUAGACAAAUACAUGGUUUAGUCAUCCAUUCUGGUUUUGCUUCCAACAAUUUUGUUUCUAGCUCGCCGAUCUUCAUGUAUUCUAAGAGUGGCGUUCUUGAUAAUGCAACGAAGUCUUUUGAGGAGGCAGAUAAGAGUAGCUCUGUGCCCUGGAACUCUAUGAUGUUUGGUUAUGCGCAGCAUGGACAGGCGCAAGCCGUGCGCAGCCUCUUCAAUGAGAUGCUGGAGCUUAAGGUUCCUCUGGAUCAUAUUACAUUUGUUGGCCUGAUUACUGCCUGCAGUCAUGCUGGUCUUGUGAACGAAGGUUCAGAAAUCCUCAAUACGAUGGAGACUAAGUAUGGAAUUCCUCUUCGGAUGGAGCAUUAUGCAUGUGGCAUUGAUCUGUAUGGGAGGGCUGGGCAGCUUGACAAAGCAAAAGAGCUUAUUGACUCUAUGCCAUUUGAACCAGAUGCCAUGGUGUGGAUGACCCUAUUAGGUGCUUGCAGAAUCCAUGGGAAUAUGGAACUUGCAAGUGAUGUGGCCAGCCAUCUGUUGGAGGCAGAGCCUAGACAGCACUCCACAUAUGUUCUCCUCUCCAGCAUGUAUUCUGGUCUUGGGAUGUGGAGUAAUAGAGCAUUCGUACAGAAGGAAAUGAAGAAUAAAGGACUAAGCAAAGUCCCUGGUUGGAGCUGGAUCGAGGUGAAGAAUGAGGUGCACUCAUUCAAUGCAGAGGAUGGGUCGCACCCAAGGAUGGAUGAAAUAUAUGAGAUGUUGAGUUUGUUGCUUCACAAUUUUCCCGUGCAGCCUGUGCAUCAAAAAACAACUGGAGCCAUCGACUGCUGGUGUUAUCAGUGCAUGUUCUGA